AAGGACAAAUGGUUCUUAAUGCGCUGCCGAGUCCGGCUGGAUUGCGGAAACCAGGACUUCUACAAAGGGAAGAAUUCUGUCCAUAAUUUAGUGAAUUAUUAUACAUGGACAUCUAUCAAGCUCACAGGAAUAUGCUUUCAGAGGAAAUUAGAUAUGUGGCAUUUUAAAGUCCCUAUAUGGAUGGCAUAUCUAUUGCUCCUGUUCUGUGGCCUCGCCUAUUCCUGUGGAAGUGCAGAAUAUGAUAUUAAUGGAGAGUGCUGUCCAAUGUGCACACCUGGGACACGUGUUUAUAAACAUUGCACGGAGUACACUAGCACCUCCUGUGUACCGUGCACUCAAAAAUCAUUCAUGGCCAUGCCCAACGGUCUGUCUCAUUGUUUGUCUUGUACAGUGUGUGAGCCAGACUUGGGUUUAAAAACAGAGAGGGAGUGCACCCUCACCUCUGACACAGUGUGUGGGCCUCUGGAUCACCACUACUGCACUAAGACUGAUAACAAGGGGUGCAGCUUUGCGCAGAAACACACCAUCUGCAGGCCUGGACAGUUCAUCAUACACAAAGGAACAACAUUGACUAAUACCGAAUGUGGAGAUUGUCCUGAUAAAACCUUUUCAGAUGAAUCCUUUUCUGCAUACUGCAAACCACACAGAGAUUGCGAGUCCUUGGGAAUGCAGGAAAUUACAGCAGGAACAAACACAUCGGACAGUGAAUGUGGACCAAGAAAUAUUCCUGUUUACGUUAUUGUGUUUGUGCCGCUUGCAUUAUUAGCUAUUAUUUUAACAAUCAUUUUCAUUUUAUGGAGGAGAAAGAAACAAACAGAAAGAGAAAGAAAUGACAUAGAACUGUCACAAGACGCAGGGCUGGAGGAAAGGCUGGAGCCUAUCUCAGCAUGCUCUGAGCAAGAGGCAGGAGAACAACCUGGACAGGUUGCCAAUCCAUUGCAGGGCCUACACGACACCAUUUACCCACACAAUCAUACCAACAGGCUAAUCCGCCUGUCUUUGGACUGGACUUGGAAGAAACCGAAGUAUCCGGAGGAUACCCUCACAGACAUGGAGAGGAAAUACAAACAUGCUCCACACAGAAAGGUCCCGACCAGGAGUUGAACCUGAGCACUUGUUGCUGUGAAGUGCUAUGACCAGAGACUGUAAAAAAUAUGGACAAAGCUACUGUGACGUCACCCAUUGACUCUACGUGGGUCUCUAAAACACAUUUUGAAGCUCAAUGGCGGGCGCGGCCAUUUUCUCGAUUUGGAGCCAAAACCAUAGAGUUAAGCGGUCUUGUGAUGUUUAGAAUUUGAUUGACAGUCCGGUGCGGAAAAGCCCAUCGACCUGAACGAGGCUAGUUGACUGUCUGCCGUUACGUUUUAAAAUAUAUUAUCAGAUGUUUACGGAGUUUAAUUUCCAUCCGUGACUGUACUGUGUCAUGUAAUCACGUUAUAUGUAUGACAUUAAAAAUACAAUUAGGCUA